UCCAACUGGACAUGGGAAUUAUAUAUUUCGUGACGACUUUUACUUUGCUGGGAUUGUGCUUUGUUUAUUCAAAUGGCGAGUUUACAAAAACGGAGAGAUUUUCACAAAACUACGCGAACCACCACGAAGUGUCAACCGAAGUCAUAUUAGAGACUACAAAAAGUCGAAAAGAUAAUUCAGAUGAAGAAUUUGCAUCAAGAUAUUUUAAAAAAAGUCCAAAUUCAUUUUGGGGAGAUGCAGCUUCAUUAUCAACAAAUCAUCAACAUAAAAUAUUCAAGAGAUCUUUGAAAAAGGGCGGGGCUAACUCGAUAGAUAACGUCAAAACAGAAACCGAUGAAAACCCAGAGGUCAAAGAGCAGGCUGAUUGUCAGCACUGGCCUUACUUUCCGUGUGGGAACAGGAGACAAUGCUUCACUUCUCAAGAAAUGUGUGAUGGAUAUGAUGAUUGCAGCGACGCCACAGAUGAAUGUGAGAGUAUGUGUACUCAGACAUUUAUUUGUAAAACGAGUAAAAAAUGUAUAGCACUCGUUCAAUUUUGUGAUGGAGUUGUCGACUGUGAGGAUGGAAGUGACGAAGUUCUUGCUGAUGCAGACGAACCAAAUGGCUUUAGUGAUGAUAAUGAAAGUUUUGUGUGUGCAAACCUUUGGACCUUAAACUCCACUAGGCAACGUACAGAAACUAAGACGCGAAAACACCAUCGUCAUAAUAAUGUGCGGCGAAGGUGUCGUCUCCCACUGGAAUAUGUUUGUGAUGGAAUCAAUCAUUGUGGGGAUCAUGUGGAUGAAUGCCAUCCACGAUGUGGAGAGGAAUCCCAUUUCUCAUGCGAUAAUAACAGAUGCAUCGCAGCGAAGCAUCGGUGCGAUGGCCGUGAUGAUUGUGGCGACGGUUCGGAUGAAUGCACUGAUUGUCAGUCUAUAUUUCAGUGUGAAAAUGGAGCGUGUAUUCCACAAGCUAGUUUCUGUGAUGGAAAGAUUGAUUGUAAAGAUGGAAGCGAUGAAAUGUAUUCAUCAAAUAUUUUGUCAACGUACGGUAACGGCACUCCCGUUGUAGUCUGCAACAAUCUGCGAAACUUGGUUAAAAUGGAAUGCGUACUUCCUUCGAGGUACAUUUGCGAUGGGUAUGAACAUUGUUUUUACCGAGAGGAUGAAUGUGUAGAGAGUUGCCCAUAUUCAUUCAAGUGCAAAAACGGCAAUUGCAUUGUGAAGAGUUCACUGUGUGACGGAAUGGAUAACUGUGGUGAUAUGUCGGACGAAUGUGGCGAAGGUUGUCCAAACGUUUUCCACUGUGAUAAUGGUCGUUGUCUCUCACUGGACCGGUUUUGUGACGGAAACGAUGAUUGUGGUGACGGGACAGAUGAAAAUAUCAAAGAUUCAAGUCAAACUUCAUCUGGCCUGUUCUGUUCAAAUAUCGUAUCAAGUAGCACAAAAACAUGUAAGCUGCCGUCAAGAUACAUUUGUGACGGAAAGGAUCAAUGCAAAAAUCGAUUAGACGAAUGUCAGGACAACUGUGAACGGAGUUUCUUCUGCGACGGGGGAGAAAAAUGUAUAUCAAGAAAUAACAUUUGCGAUGGGUUGCCAGAAUGCAUGGAUGCAACUGAUGAAUUGAAGACAACAAAUCUACCUGCGAUUCGCGGAUUCAAAUGUCGCGUUAGUAGACUUGGUGAAAGCCGACAAUGUGUUCUUCCUCAGGAAUUUGUCAAUGAUGACAUUGGUGAUUGUGAAAAUGAUGUUGAUAUCUGUGUCGGAUAUAAGAUUGGCAAUUUUUCUUUAUUACACCACAAUGAAUCCAAUUGCGUUAAAUGCUUGAGUUCCAGCGUCAUUAUUGCAAAAAGUCAGAUUUGCGAUGGUGCGUUCGACUGCCCAGAUUUAUCAGAUGAAUGUCUUUGUCAAGAUGUAAAGGCAUCAUUGGUGUGUGAAAAAACUUGUUUUGGAAAAGCUGAAAACUGUAUGUGCCCAAUAGGCAAAUUGCCAUGCUUACUACCACCUGAAGACAAACAAGAAGAGCUAUUUGAACUUCUGUGGAGAAGAGAUCACUUGAUUUCAGAUCCAAAUGAUGUCAAUUGCAUAGAAAUCAGCCAAUUUUGUGAUGGUAAAGUUCAUUGCGCAAAUGGGGCGGAUGAAGUCGCAUGUGGCCUUUCAGCAGACUGCAGUGACUUUUCCGUGCCAACAAAAUCGAACGUUCGUCAAGCUACUAAGUCUUGUAGUCCAGAUCAUAUUUGUACAAAGCACAUGCUAAGAAAUCCAUGGACACCAAAACACGCAGUGGCUUGUGACGGCACACCAGAAUGUUUCGAUUUAGAAGACGAAUGUGCAUCAGGUUGCGCAGAACCUCUUCCUCUAUAUUGUAAAUUUAGAAACUAUGACGGAUUUUUUGCUUGUCCCGAAUCAGGAAUACUUCCUGGUCUCAAAGUUUGUGAUGGAGUAGGAGACUGUGAUCAAAGUAAACAAGACGAGAAGGCAUGUCCGGGUAGAUUCUAUUGUCAUUCAGGGGAUGUGAUAAGUGUGCCUGAUACACGUAAAUGCGAUUUCAAAAUUGAUUGUAAAGAUGCAUCUGACGAACUGAAUUGUACAAAAUCGCACUUUUACUGCGAGGGAGGAGAUCCAAUUUUCGUACCAUUACGGAGGAAAUUCGAUGGAAAAGAUGAUUGUGCAGACGGAAGCGAUGAAUGUCCCGCAGAUUCCUUCGAAGACUCGAUGUUUUCUUCGCUUGAGCAUCUAAUUGACAAUGUAUUUUUGAAUAUCAUGGUUUGGGUAAUGGGAGUAUUGUCAGUUGUUGGAAAUACAUCGGUUCUCAUUUUUACAUUGAAGUCAACAGUAUUUCAAAAGCAAAAACUCACAAACGUAGCAGUGAUUUACAAUUUUUUGGUAUUCAACUUGGCAUUAGCAGAUAUGAUUAUGGGAAGUUUUCUUCUUGCUUUGGGUGCAAAAAACGAAAUGGUAUCUGGAACAUAUUGUCGCGAAGACAAACAUUGGCGUUCCGGGAGUACUUGCACCGCUCUUGGUAUGAUGGCCACAAUUUCAAGUGAAACUUCAAUUGCCAUGCUGGCUAUAUUAUCGUCUUAUCGACUUUGCUGCGUGGUAAGGCCAAUCCAAAGCAGAGAUUUUCGUUUGGGAACAGCUGUAUUGAUAGCAGGAUCUGUUUGGUUUAUCGCAAUCCUUGUUGCAACUAUUCCCAUAAUUCCAUAUUUCGCUAACUACUUUGUAAACAAGGUUUGGCUCUCUCCGAAUCCAUACUUUGUUUCUGAUGUGGUCAACAAAAGUACAAUGAAGACAUUUAUUCAAAUACUUGAUUCUUACUCACCCAACUAUACAAAUAACAUCACUUAUGCCAGUUUCGAAUGGAGUAGGGUUGAUGAGAGUUUAAGUCAGUUAGACCCGUCUUACAAGACUUUGGGUUUCUUUGGCUAUUACAGCACUCACGCUGUCUGUUUGCCCAAGAUAUUCGUAACUCACGGCGAACCGGCUUGGGAAUAUUCGUUCGUCCUUACUACAGUAAACUUCCUGACUUUUAUUUACAUCGUUGUGGCCUACAUGAUGAUGUGGCGUCCUGGACCAAUGAAUAAAACAAGUUCAGUAACGUCGAGAUCGGGUAAAGCGACGAGAAACAUGCAGAAGCGCAUCGCCGUUCUCGUAGCAUCAGACUUUGCUUGUUGGGUUCCGACAUGCAUGAUUGGAUUUCUCUGCCUUGCCGGAGUAGAUGUUUCAGAUACUGUUUACGCCCUUGCGGCUAUCAUACUUCUACCGAUUAACAGUGCGUUAAAUCCUAUUUUAUACUCGAACGCACUUCAAGGUGUUUGGAGAACAAUUUCUAGAGUCGUUGGUUGUUGUAAAACGAAUUUAAUGAAAAGAUAUUCUAUGUUUUCCAAAGACCGUCUUCACCGAUCACCACCGUCGACUCCUGAAGCAGACAGUCUGCAACAUGCCGUAGAAAAAACGGAAGACGUUGAGGACAUAGAACUGAUGGACAAUACGCAAUUAUAAGAAGGGGAUUGUGUUGUAGCAUUUUCCAUUUCAAUGCAUGAGUAUUGAGUUUUGAAUCUUCUUCCAACUUUUUUUGCGAUAAAAUUAUAACGAAAUAAAUGAAAUUCGUACAGAAUUUUGCUGUGGCUCUCCCCAAGAAAACUGACAUAAUAUAACACAGUCAUGAUAUUGUAUGAUUAGAAUUUGUAGAUGAAUUCGUAAAGAAUCAAGUUAUUUCCUGACCGUAUGGCUUUUGUUGAGUUGUUUAUCAUGUCCUUAGAAAAUAUGCGAGCGCAUGAAAUCUUUCAAAAUGGAAGACAAAAUUUCCGAUACACAAGGAAACCGUAAUGGUUCGCUGUUUAUUUAACUUGUCCAGUUAUUCGAUAUUUUGGGUAUGAAAUCCACGUUUUAAAAUGUAUCUUAAUAUGAGAUUGAGAUGAUAUAUCAAGAAAAGCCGAAUACAACAUUGUUGAUCUGCACAUGGGGACAUAAUUUAAGAUAACAUUGUCUGAGCACAGAAAAACAGAGUCAGUAAUUUGAAAAAAUAUC